UCUCGAAAAUAACAGAACGUUUGUGUACGAUUAACCAACCAUUGCGUCGUCAGAAGGUCAUUGAAUAGAAAAAGUCACAAUCGUAUCUCCUGGGCCAUCGCCCUCCUCUCUUUGGCUGCUUGGCACCUGUUUGUAUCAGUACCACGUCUUCAGACCACACCUCAGAAGACCGUCUUGCACAACAUCGUCUUAAAGUUCCCAUCUCAGCGCUCCACGAGCCUUAAGAUACAAUCAAGAGUGUUCUCCAAGAGUGUUCUCCAAGCAUUGCUUUGUGUGUCAGCUUUCUAAAGUGAACCAGUGAAAACGCUUUAAGGAAGUAUUUGUGUCCACUACCAACAUGCCCACCGCGUCGAGUAACGCCAUCCUUACGAAGAAGCUGGGCCGGAGCGGGCCCAAAGACCCCGAGGCCGGGCACAGUCGGGACUCCGCCCGAGGAGACGGCGAUGACAUGUACGGUGGGCGGGGAGGACGCGGGGACGGACAUGGAGGGGACGGGUAUGACGGAGAUCGAGACGGAAAAGGUCGUUGGGCUAAGGGCAGGGGCAAAGGGCGCGGGAAGAACUCUGGUUGGUGGGUGAGCUCGAGCCGGAGCUCGGGGACCAGCCGCUGCCACAGCACGUUCUGCCCCUGCAGUCCCCGCUCGCUCAUCUGGUUCUUCAUCGGGCUGCUGCUCGGCCUGCUCAUCAUGGGCCUCAUCCUGGGGCUCUGCAUAGCGCUGGGCGCUUUCGACUUUGUAGAAGAGGUAGAAGUCGUCUGUAUCCCCAACAGCACCACCAUCGACUACACCACGCUCGGCACUCCCGUCACUACGGUCUAACCAAAGUAGAGGGUAAAGCCUGCCUGAGACGAAAAAUGAAAAAUCGAAAGGCACCUACCACAUGCAGAUCUGUUAGCCAAACACCACGACCAAAUACAAGUACAUCACCCUCAGCACUCCCCCUAGAAACGUUUUUCAGACGAUAGUUCACCCCCCCCCCCCGAGGCAAAUUGACAUGAAGAAUGCUUAGAUAUGAACAAUUUGUCGAUUUAUUCUCUACUGGUUCAUAUUAAUCGCAGGAUCCGGAGGUAUUUUGUACAAAGACCUUAGAGGUCACUAACAUUUAGAAUAUGUAAAGGUGUUUCUUGAUUGUAUCAGGGAGUUUGAUUUCUAUGUCGGUCCUUUGUAGGUUUCCUCAAAGUAUAGGAUCCAGAAUGUAGACUAACGUUAACGUAGCUAACGCAAAUGUUAGUCAUGUUCUAUAACUUUGCACCUUUAAUUUGAUAACACGUAUGAAUACAAGGAGAAAUAUCAAUAGCUGAAAGGUUGUGUUCCUUUUGCUGUACAUACGGAAAUCACGCCAAAUUGAGUUUUUGUAACACUUCGGCAUUUAUAUGUUUGCUAUGUUACCUAGUGCGCUGCUUGCAAAUGCUUUUGUUGCCCUGCUAUAAAGGAAUUGAGUUUUUUUUUAUGCUGAUAUGUCAGUCUAUUCCCUUGAAAUUGCUCCUUGUAAAAAAGCGUAUAACGUAUUUUACAUGUCUUUGUGUGUGAAGUGCUUUGCACAUGCCGUAUAAUUUUGCAGAUGUGCCACUUUAUGUCGUUUCUUUGAGUUUAAAAGGUUUGAAUAUUAACACACUUCUACCUUGCUGAGUUACAUUUAUACCUGACAGUAUAGAACUAGACUUAUCACAAGUGAGUGCGUCGAAAAAGAAGGUACCAACUGCGCUUUGCAAGUUUACUGUAUUAAAACAGUAGACGCUUAUAACGAAAUUACAGAAUCAUGAUGUAAAAAAAAAAAGAAGAAUAAAAUCAAUGUCUUGCUUUUUGCCCUGAUAUGUGACGUGGCCGAUACAGAAUAAACAGUUUUUGUUUUAAAAAA